GGUCACAGGAAAUAAACCCGAGCCAAGCGGAAAUACUGAGCAACAUUGUCACUGAGUUGUUUUUUUGCCGUGCAGAGGCAAAUUGAUGAUUAGUUUUAUAUCUAGCUCGCAUUGUCGCUGGRUCAACUAUUGAACAUGGACAGAUAGUGUUUAUUUAACGAGGUUUGGCCGUACUCCUUGUAAGGGAAUCCACUGCAUCCGUGCCCAGUUUGGACCAUCAUCCAGGACUGUUGCUGUCACACACGAACUACCUCAGUUUACCCACUGAAACCACAGCAUACCUCUUCUUUGUUUGUGGCCACCAGGAUGGCUAACAGCACCCCAAUAAUAGUGAAGGGUUUGCCUACGGGGCCCGCAGGCCGAAGCAGCCCAGAGGGAUCUCAAGUGCUYAGUAAGAAGAAGCUGCAGGACCUGGUUAGAGAGAUUGAUCCAAAUGAGCAACUGGAUGAGGAUGUUGAAGAGAUGCUUCUUCAAAUUGCAGAUGACUUUAUAGAAAGUGUCGUGACGACGGCCUGUCAGCUAGCACGCCAUCGCAAAUCCAACACAUUGGAGGUUAAAGAUGUUCAGCUACAUCUCGAGCGCCAGUGGAACAUGUGGAUACCUGGUUAUGGGUCAGAUGAAAUCAGACCGUUCAAGAAAGCUUGCACCACAGAGGCUCAUAAACAGAGAAUGGCACUGAUCCGCAAGACGACCAAAAAGUAAUAUAAAAAAAAAUUAUUAUACCCAAUUAGUUUUUUUGUUUUGUUUUUCUUGAUAAAAGGAGAUAAGUGUUUUUGGUGAAGGGUGUAUUUCUUUUAAAAUAAAUUGUUAUUGCCAUGUCUCCUUAACACUUUUUGAGUGUUUCGUCUGUGCACAACAAUAGCAUUUAUGUUUUACUUUAUGUUACCACUGCGUUAAGACAGAACUCCAUUGUAAUUUUUAUCAAUAAAUACCUACUGGAAUACAUUUUGUAAUGUCACAAUUGCUGUUACGUGGUUGGGCUUUUGAUACGUCUUAGCAUGUAGAUGUUAGCCUUACUGAUUCAGUCUAUUUAAAAUAAUAAUUCAUGUUAUCUUGCCAGUAAGACAAAUAACUUCCUUGUUUACACACUGUCUUUUUGCWAUUUUUUUCUGGCAGACUGAAAUAAAGAAUAGAAGAACAUUCAGUUAAAUUUUCCCAUGUAAAAUUAAAGAAA